AUGCAAAUGCCAUUUGUUGGUGGUGAUGCUGGGGACGUUUGGUCUCAUUCUUCGAUGAAUCAUGAGAUCUUUGAGUCCUAUUCUCAGUUUGAGCAUGCUCCUCCGUUCAAGAGAAUGAGGGAGUUCGGUAGCAAUUCGCCGAAUUCUGCAGCUUUUUCUGCGAUGAAUUCUAGAGUAAAUCCACCAAAUCUUCUUGGAAGAAAAGGGACGAGCCAUAUAUUUUACAAAACCCGUAUGUGUGCUAAGUUCUUGGAAGGAACUUGUAGGAAUGGGGAACACUGUACAUUUGCUCAUGGUGUUGAAGAUCUGCGGGAGCCUCCUCCGAAUUGGCAGGACUUGGUACGUGAAAAGGAUGGAGGAGCAGAGAACUGGAAUGAUGAUCAAAAAAUAAUACAUAGGAUGAAAAUUUGCAAGAAGUUUUAUAACGGAGAGGAGUGUCCUUAUGGAGAUAAGUGUAAUUUUCUUCAUGAACGUCCUCCAAAAUUUAAGACUGACAUGCCAAGGCACAGAGAGAGUUCUGCAAUAAGUAUCGGAACUACUGGAAACAGAUGUGAUCCCGAGCUGAUUGAGAUUAGCAAGCAUGGAAAUGCUGAUUCAGAUGCUGUCCGUAUUAAACCUGUAUACUGGAAGACGAAGAUAUGCAGCAAGUGGGAGACAACAGGUCAAUGCCCCUUCCGUGAUCGUUGUCACUUUGCUCAUGGCCAAUCAGAGUUGCAAAUGCCUACUGGCCGAGUUGAGAUGGAUAUGUUAACGAAUUCUGGCCUCAUUACUCCAAGUCCCUUCUCCAUUCAGCCUGUUGACUCAUCCUCUGUGAACACACUGGUUAAUGCUUCUAUGCAAGAAGAAAAAGAGGAAAAGAAGAUCCAUAAAUGGAAACUAUCCAAGAAAAUCAGUCGAAUAUAUGGAGAUUGAAUCGAUGAUCUAGUCCCACCCCACCUCCAUCCUGAUAACGCCGACAACUGAUUUUUCAGGUUGCAUUU